CGUGGCUACGUCUUGGGGUUGCCUCACGGGACACACAGCAGCGACAUAAAUGGCUAGCUGUGAAAACAAAAGAACAACACAGAGACAGAUUUCAGAAAGUCUGUUUGCCCGCCGCACCAUGAAGGAAAAACUGUGAGCCUCCUUUCAAAGUACCAACAAUGAUGGGAACACGGAGCGGCGGGGUUUUAAACGCAGUUUGUGCGGUGCAGCCGAAGCUGCUAAAGGGCAUUGCAAGCAGACAGCUCCACAGCACAUACGAUGUGGCCGUCGUCGGUGCUGGCAUUGUGGGCCUGGCCUCAGCCAGAGAGCUAAUUCAAAGACAUCCGGCGCUCAGCUUUGUCCUGCUGGAGAAAGAGAAAGAACUUGCCAUGCACCAGAGUGGACACAACAGUGGAGUCAUCCACAGUGGGAUCUACUACACGCCGGGCUCGCUGAAGGCUCGGCUGUGUGUACGAGGAGCAACGUUGGCGUACCAGUACUGCGAGAAGAAAGGGAUUCCUUAUAAACGAUGUGGAAAGCUAAUCGUGGCUGUAGAGCAGGAAGAAAUUCCCAGACUGAAAGCUUUGUACGAACGCGGGUUGAAGAACAAAGUGCGCGACCUGAGCGUCGUCGACGCCAAGGGGAUCCGAGAGCGAGAGCCAUACUGCCGGGGUAUAAUGGCUUUGGAUUCACCCUACACCGGCAUCGUUGACUGGCGGACGGUGGCCCUCAGGUACGGCAGAGACUUUGAGGAGGCAGGCGGCGCCGUGGUUACCGAGUUUGAGGUCAGCGACAUGUCCGUGGUCAAAGAGAGCCCAGCCGGGAGCCCCGACGGAAUGAAACAUCCGAUUGCAAUCAGAGAUAAAAAGGGCCACGAAGUGCGGUGCCGUUACGUCCUGACCUGCGGAGGCCUCUACUCGGACCGGCUGUCGCAGAUUUCUGGCUGCAGCAGGGAACCGAGGAUCGUCCCCUUCAGAGGAGAUUACCUGGUGCUGAAACCAGAGAAGCACUACCUGGUCAGAGGAAACAUCUACCCUGUUCCCGACCCUCGGUUCCCGUUCCUCGGCGUUCACUUCACGCCGCGGAUGGACGGCGGCGUUUGGCUCGGCCCCAACGCGGUGCUCGCAUUUAAAAGGGAGGGCUACCACCUGUACGACUUUGACGCCCGGGACUUUGCGGACGCGCUCUCCUUUAGAGGCCUCCAGAAGCUCGUGCUGAGGAAUGUAACUUAUGGGCUCGGGGAAAUGUACAGAGGAGUUUUCAUUGGUGCGCAGAUUAAGAUUCUGCAGAAGUACAUCCCCGAACUUUCUCUAAGCGACGUGCUCAGAGGUCCAACGGGAGUCCGAGCUCAGGCCCUCGACCGGGACGGGAACCUUGUGGAUGACUUCGUCUUCGACGGUGGCGUCGGAGAUUUAGGCAGUCGGGUGCUCCACGUGCGCAAUGCCCCCUCCCCGGCAGCUACCUCCUCCCUCGCCAUCGCCGAAAUGAUUGCGGAUGAGGUGGAGAGUCGCUUCGCGCUGUAGACGCUCGUAACGAAACUGGAGGGGCGGGGAAGUGAAGAAAUCCAGCCACAAAUUGAAGCUUUCUGAGCCUCUUGAGUUAACGCCAGGCCCUUCGUUUGACUCUUUUUUUUGUUUUGUUUUGUUUUUUUCACUGAAGUGCUGAAACGGGCCAUAAGCUUGUUUACUCUUUCACAUCAGUGGAGAAACUCAUCUUUACCCUCUGCACAACCUUCUGGAGACGUGAAAUUAGAAAUGGUUUUCUAACUUUUAAAUAAAUUUGUUUAGCGUCUUACCUUGUAGGUAUUAAACAGAAUGUGGACAUAAAUUAUGUGUUUCUACUAGUUGAAUUGUGGUGCUGAGAUUCUUUUUUUUUUUUUUUUUGAGCUUUUGGGUAUGUUUGAAUGUCUGAAUAAUCAUUCAUCUUCGGAAAUACAUUUGUCUGCACAAAAAUGCGCAAUCUGUGGGAAAAGGAUGUUUUUUUUCUUUGUUUUCAGUUGGUUUUAGAUUCGACUCAAUGUCAAAUCUAUAAAGUGCUUUUUGUCGUCAUUUUCUGUCGUUUGAAACUGUGACCUCUUUUUUUUAUUUUCCAGAAGUCGCCUUAGGGCGUUCGCCCACUGCUGUAACUAAUGCACACAAAUCUCUCUGUGUUAUUUAAUUUCAUAUACUAACAAAUGAAUACAUGAGUAAUUUUUUACAGGAAAUAUAUUUUUGGAUUGAAUGUGCAUGAAUGUUUGCGCCUUUCUAAAGUGCAGCAUCGUAACAAUGUGGCACUAAUAAAAUUUUUAAAAAGUUCCAAAGGAAUAUCCUCAAAAGUUUAACUUUUGAGGAUAGUUUUAAAUGGGGAGACUAUUUACUAUGUUUUUUGCAGUUGAGACUACAAUAAAAUAGCUAAUCAGUUAGCAUUGGUUAGCAUUUUGGCAGAGGAUUUAGUUUAACGUAGGUUUUCUUUCUGUUUGAUUUGUUGAUGUGCAAAUGCACCCAUUUCAAAAUAAGUACAGUAUUCUCCUUGUAUUGCCUUUUAGUAGAGGAUUUUUUUUUUCACUCUGAACUCACUACUUUAGCUUACUGAACUUUGUUUCUGACCAGUAGGCAUUGUGUUUUUUUUUUUCUUGCUUUCUUUUUCUGUUGUUGACUGGAAUUGAUGACGGCGAUCAUCCCAUAGGCCAAGUUGACUUUUCGGGAGUCGUUAAAAGUCAGAGGAAGCCUGAGGUGAUGCAGCAGCUCUGCAGGAAACGAUGCGGGAACUUAUAAAUCAUCCCGGUUUAAACCUUCUAUCUCAUGGGUCUUAUUGCGGCGAUCACCGAAGAUUUUUGAUAAUUAAACCUGGCCGUUCUUCCAGUCUGUCCUGGUCGUAUUCAUAAACCUCUUCCAUCUGUUUAAUUGUUGCCAUAUUUUUCCUGAAGUCCAUGCAGAGUCUCCUGGCACAGCGGCUUUGCUUCAGUCAUGCAGAACACAAGGAAAUGGCUUUUGAAAGUGGAAUAUGAUGUAGAAAUAUCAGAAUAAUGCUGAUUAGCAGAGGGAAAAAAUGCAAAUGAACCUACCCAACAGAUUGGUUGCCUUGUGUGAUGUCACCAGAUUUUACUAUGGUUAAAUAAAUAAUUAUGCAAUAAAUAAAAGCACAAUAAUCAUAA